AUGUAUUCGAACUCGAACGCCUUCCUCGGAGGCGGCGGCCAGCGUCCUGGUGCCCAGCAGCAACAGUAUGGCGGCGCCUUUGGGGCCGCACAGCAGCCCGGGCAGCAACCGAGCCCCUUUGCGCCGCAGCCCACUGGCUUUGGCCAGCAACAGCCGCUGCAGCAGCAGUACACCGGAUUCCCUAUGCAAGCGCAGCAGACUGGCUUGCCUCAGCAGCAGCCGCUUCAACAGCAGUACACUGGCUUCCCGGGCCAGCAGCCUCAGCCUCAACAGAGCUUCCAGACUGGCGCGCCUCCCAUGCCCUCGAUCCCUCCGCAGUUCCAGUCGCAGUUCCAGCAACAGCAGCAGGGUCAACAGCCUCAGCAGCAGAGUUCCCCUUUCCAAAGCCAACCGCCGCAGCGAACUGGCUACUCGACCUCGCCUCAGCCGGCGAGCGGGCCUUCGCAGCCUCCCCCGCCGCCAAUGAAGCCUCAGGCUACUGGCUUCAAUGAAAUGGCGGCUUCGUUCCAGACCGGCGGCACGCCCAAGCCAGCGGGGCGCAGAGGCGAAACCAAGCCGAAGCCAAACAAGAUCCCGAACAUCAGGUUGUCGUUCAUUACGGCGCCUGAUCAGGCCAAGUUCGAGACCUUGUUCGGGUCCGCCGUUGGCGAAUCGACAAUGACCAUGUCGGGGGAGAAGGCGCGUGAUCUCCUGAUGCGAUCGCGUCUGGAUGGAGAUUCUCUCUCGCAUAUCUGGACCCUCGCCGAUACCACCAGGGCCGGUCAGCUCUACUUUCCCGAAUUCGCACUCGCAAUGUAUCUUUGCAACCUGAAACUUACGGGCAAGUCCCUGCCUCCAACCCUACCCGAAAACAUCAAGAACGAGGUUUCGAGCAUGGUAGACAUUAUCAGCUUCAGCGUUGCAGAGGACGCGCCAUCUUCUGCGCCAAGCGCACCGACGCCCAGCGCUCAGCAGCAGCAGCCAGCGCAGCCGUCCAACUCUCAAAUCUUGUCAUCGCAAAUGACAGGUUUCCCACAGCAGCCGAGCCAGGGUCUUCAGCCUCAGCAGACAGGCUUCCCUGGCCAACAGGGCCUGCAGGCUCAUCAGACUGGCUUUCCUGGCGCCCAGAACCCCCAGGCUACUGGAUAUUCCGGGCCUCGCCCUCCUAUGCCUCCUAUGCCGACUGGUUAUAACCAGCCCGCUGCCCCUCUGAACGCCCAGCCAACGGGUCGACCUGGUCAGUGGGGUCUUGUCAACGCGCCCGACAGUGGUCUGCCGAACAUUGACGCCUUGCAGGCACGCAUGAUGCCUCAGCAGGGACGGGAAGCAGGCAAUUUUACUACUCAAGGCUUGCAGGGCAAUGCAGUGAUUCCCUGGGCCAUCACCAAGGAAGAGAAGACCCGCUACGACUCUUUAUUCCGAGCUUGGGACGGGUUGGGCAAGGGCUACAUUGGUGGCGAUCAAGCCAUUGAGAUCAUGGGCCAGAGUGGACUCGAGAAGCCUGACCUGGAGCGCGUGUGGACCCUGGCUGAUCACGGCAACAAGGGUCGCUUGAAUCUCGACGAGUUUGCGGUGGCCAUGCAUUUGAUCUACCGCAAGCUCAAUGGAUACCCACUGCCCAACUCGCUCCCUCCCGAGCUUGUGCCACCCUCUACGCGCAACUUCAGCCAGUCCAUCGGCACUGUCAAGUCUAUGCUCAGCCGGGAGUCGGAUGACCGCAAGAACUCUGGAGCGGCCCUCUUGCCCCAGAAGACUGGUGUAAGCUACAUGAAGAAUCGGUCGUUCCGUGGAGGUGCCAAUGUGGGCGCUGCUGGUCGCAAGGAUGCCACUGUCUUCCGCAACAGCGAUGAGGAGUUUGGAUACAAGUCAAGCGCACGUCGCAGGGUCGGCAACGAUUCGCCGCGACCAAGCUCACCUGGCUCUGUUGACUCCAGCGACGAUCUGACUCUGGACCAGCUAAGGAAGAAGAUACGCGAGAAGCAGGUGCUGCUCGACGCGAUGGACUUCAAGGACGAAAAGCACGCCGAGGAAGAUGACAUCCUCGAUCGGCGCGAUCGUGCCGAAGCGGAGGAGCUAUACCGCAGGAUCCGCCGAAUCCAAGGAGACAUUGACGCCCAUCCCGAUGCUUCGCCGUCCUCCGGUGAUUCCGAGGCCGAGAGGCGUGCUAUGAAGCGUCAGCUCCAGAAUCUGACGGACAAGAUCCCCGAGUUGGCGUCCCAGGUUCGCAGGACUGAGAAGGCAAUUCAAGAGACCAAAUUGGAGCUGUUCCGCCUUCAGGAUGCCAAGGCCAACCCCGGCAGCGCAGCCUCUAUUGUUGGCACGGGCCCUGGCGGUGUUGUCACCGAAUCCGACCGCCUCAAGGCCCGCGCUAAGGCCAUGAUGCAGCAGCGCACUGCGGCUUUGACGGGAAAGAAGAUUGAUAAUCCCGUCGAAAGUGACGACGCUGCCUCGAAGCGCCUCGAGGAGGAAUCGAUCAAGGCCAAGAACGAGCGCGAGGCUAAUGAGAGCAUGGUCCGUGACGUUGAGGAGAGUGUUCGUGACUUUGCCCGCGGUAUUGAGGACAGCCUCAAGGAAGGGUCUCAGGAUGAGUCCAGCCAGCACGAAAAGCGCCGCUGGGAGGAUGCCCUUGGUGUUGAGGAUGAUGUGCGCGACUUCAUUUUUGAUCUCCAGCGGGAAAGUCGCUCUGCCCGCGUCCGUGCACAGGAUAAGCGCACUGCUCGCCCUUCAGCCCCUGUUGAGGAGACUCGACCUGAGCGUGUGGCCAGUCCUCGUGUGGACAGCCCAGUCUCGACGUCUCGCACCGGCAGCCCCGCCGCUUCGGGUGGCUCAUAUGCGGCUUACAAGACGCCUGAGGAGCGCGCCGCCUUUAUCAAACAGCAAGCCGAGCAGCGUAUGGCUGAGCGUCUGGCGGCCCUCGGCAUCAAGGCGCCAUCAAAGCCCGGCGAGAGCGCUGCGCAACGCGCUGAGCGAGAGCGGGCUGAGCGGGCUGCGAAGAUGCGCGCUGCUGAAGAAGAGGAUGCACGCCGUGAGCAGGAGCGCCAGGCUCGUCUCGCUGAGGAGCAGGGCAUUCCGCCCCCUGCCACGGAGCCUGAAGCCGCCAAGGCCUCUGCGAAGAAGCCCCCUCCACCUCCUACUCGCAAGGGAGGGGCGGCGCCCAAGGCCGAGGAGGACGACGCGGCGAACAAAGCCGCUGAAGAGCAGCGCCUUGCUCAAGCACAAGAAGACCAACAGCGCGAGACCCAGCAAUUGGAGGACGACGUCAAGGAUGAAGAGGACGAAUUCGCCAAGGAGCAGAGAGAGGCCGAUGCUCGCCUCAAGGCACUCGAGGAGCAGGUCAAGCAAGGCAAACUGCGCAAAGAAGAGGAGAAGAAGAGGAAGAAGGCCGCCAUGGCCGAGGCCAAGGACAAGGAAGCCAAGCUGGCAGCCCGUCGUGCUGAGAUUGAGGCAGCCAGGCAGCGCGAGCUCGAGCUGCAGCGACAGCUGGAAGCCAUGAACGACGACUCGGACUCCUCGUCCGACGAUGAAGGCCCCCAGCAGAUCACCCCUCAGGCCUCGACUCCGACCAUGGGUGGCAGUCAAGCUGCCAGCCAGGAGCUUGAGCGCAAGGCCGCGUCGCCGCCUACGACCGCUGCCGAUGCUGCUCCCGCUGUCCCCUCGGUCGUGACAUCGCCUCCGACUGAGACGGAGAGCAAGAAUCCCUACUUCAAGAUGAUGUCCCAGGCACCCGAGACGACAUCUCCUGCCGCCGCUCCCUCGGCGCCAGCGGCUCCUUCAGCACCAGCGGCUCCUGCUCCAGACGCUUCUACAAAUCCGUUCCACCGCAUGAAGCAAGAGCCUCAACCAGCACCCACUCCUGUGUCUAGGAAGCGUGCUGAUUCCGAUGACUGGGGCUCUGACAAGGAAGAAGACAGCUCCGACGAUGAGGACGAUCGUCCCGGAGGCGGCAACGCUGCUCAACUCGCAUCCAUCCUGUUCGGCACAAUGGCCCCCCCGCGACCAUUGUCUGCUCCUGGCAGGGACUCUUCGCCCGCCACACCUGGUCAGGAUGCGCCGAUUGCUGGACCACCACCACCACCUCCUGCUGGUGAUGCUCCCGCUGCACCACCACCUCCGAUGCCUGCGGACGAUGCGCCUUCUGGGCCACCACCACCGCCUCCUCCCAUGCCCGGAUCAGACGCUCCCAGCGCUCCUCCCCCUCCCCCCCCUCCUAUGCCUGGCAUGGCCUCUCCUGGUGGCCCUCCACCGCCACCUCCCCCUGGCGGUCCUCCUGGGCCGCCUCCCCCUCCUCCGGGAGGCGCGCCUCCACCACCUGCGGCCGGUGGUGGCCGGCCAGCUGGCUUCCUCGGUGAGAUUCAGACAGGCAAAUCCCUGAAGAAGACCAAGACAAAGGACACCAGCGCCGCUGCUGUUGCUGGCCGCGUCCUGUAG